AUGAUUAACAAAUCAAUUAUGCUUCUGAGCCUAGUGGUUCUUCAUAGCACAUUUAUAAAUGGAAAAAAAACAUGUAAAUCACAAUUUGUGGAAGAAUGGCAUACACAACCGUUAUCAUAUAUGGUGAAUUGGACACUAACAGAAAACAUCUGCCUGGACUUCUAUGGAGAUUGCUUGUUUGGGGAUGUAAAUGCUAAAAUGAACACUUCAGGCAAUCAAGUUAUUCCCCAGAUUUGCCCUUUACAAAUUCAAUUGGGAGACAUCCUUAUAAUUUCUUCUGAACCAUCUCUUGAAACUCCAGAAAUAAAUUUGAUGAAUGUUUCUGAAGCAUCAUUCAUUGACUGUCUGCAAAACACCACAACUGAAGAUCAGUUACUUUUUGGUUGCAAACUAAAAGGAAUGCAUACUGUUAAUUCUCAGUGGCUGAGUGCUGGGACACAUUAUUUUAUCACAGUAACAGCAAGUGGUCCAUCACUUUGUCACCUGGGGCUACGACUAAAUGUGACAGUGAAGGAACAGUUCUGCCAGGAAUCUCUGAGCUCAGAAUUUUGUUCUGGGCAUGGCAAAUGUCUUACUGAAGUUUGGAGCAAGACAUACAGUUGCCAUUGUCAGCCUCCAUUUUUUGGAAAAUAUUGCCAAGAGUUUGAUCCAAGUUCUUAUAAACUAUGUGAAAAUAAUGGCAGUUGCAUUAACAAAAGAGGAAAAUUGGAUAAGCAAGGAUAUGAAUGUAUCUGCUACCCACCAUUUACAGGCAUAAAUUAUUCAGAAAUUAUUGGCCAAUGUCAACCACAUAUCUGUUUCCAUGGGAAUUGUGGCAAUAUUACUGCAAAUAGUUUCAUCUGUGAAUGUGAUGAACCAUUUUCAGGUCCAUUCUGUGAGAAGUCAAUGGAAUGUUGUAUUUCUCAGUCCUGUUGGAAAGGAGAAAUUUGCCAAAAUAAAAGCUCUGCUUACAUUUGUGAAUGCCCAGAAGAAUUUUUCAAUCAAAACCAUGAAACUGUUGUCUAUGAGUGUCUAUCAAUAUCAUGUCAGAAUGAAACUGGCUGUGUUCAUAUUGUAAAUGACACCAUGUACACCUGUCCACCAAUAUUUAUAGGCAAGCUUUGUAAGAGACAAUCUCAAACACCACAUGAGUCAUUUCCUUGCGAGAAUAAUGCCACAUGUACAAAAUAUGAGAACAAUUAUCAUUGCAGUUGUUUGCCAGGAUUUACUGGAAAAAACUGUGAGAAAGUAAUUGACCACUGUAGACUGCUCAGCAUCAACUAUCUGAAUGAAGAAUGGUAUUUCAAUAUAAGUGGAAGACUCAGAUAUGUAUGCACUUCAGAGUGCACAAGAUACUCAUGUUGGUUUGUGAAGAAUGUUUGCGUGAUUCAUCUAUACCCAUACUACUGUAGAACUAUCAGCCAUGAUAUUUGCCAAGCUAAAGUCUAUCAUCAUCUUCAAUUUAAAUAUGUGUGGCAACUCAGAUUUAAAGAAUCUGAAGAUGAAGAAUGUGAAGUGGUUGUUGAUACCUACUUCUUUCUCUCUGCAAACUGUACUGAAGAUGCUGUCUCUGUGAACACAUCUGAAGAUCAUGGUUAUAUAUCUUGUUUUCUAUAUCAGGGAACAAUGGAGGUGCAUGCAAAUGAAUGCAAUUGUUUGACUGAAGAAGGCAGUAAGGGAUAUUGGUGUUUGUGUAUACCAAGAUGGCCUGGCAAAAUGUCUCUGGAAAAUACAACUGAUUAUCAAGAAAGUGGGUGUCAACAUGAAGUUACUUAUAAAGAUGAAAUUAAUAGAUCCAGGUAUUUAUAA